AUGGCACUGGCCGAGUUAAAGGAGUUAAAAGAGCUGCUGCAGGACCUCCUGAAUAAGGAUUUUAUUAGACCUAGUGCGUCUCCGAAGGGUGCUCCUAUUCUAUUCGUGAAAAAGAAAGAUGGUACUUUGCGCCUCUAUAUCGAUUACCGGGUGCUGAAUAAAGUGACGAUUCAUAACCGGUAUCCGCUUCCUCACAUCGAUUACCUAUUCGAUCAACUUCAAGGAGCCGUGUAUUUCUCUAAGAUUGAUUUACGAUCGGGGUGUCACCAGUUGAGGAUCCGUAGGGAAGACGUGCCAAAGAUGGCACUCAGGAUGCGUUAUGGGCAUUAUGAGUUUCUGAAGCGAAGAGGAGCACGCGUGGCACCUGAGGAUGGUACUUCAGACUUUGAGGGAGCAUCAGUUGAAUUGAAUCUAAGGCAAAGAAGAUGGUUAGAGCUUCUGAAGGACUAUGAUUGUAAUAUUCUUUACCAUCCAAGUAAGGCGAAUGUUAUGGCUGAUGCCUUGAGCAGGAAUUCGGUAGGUAGUCUUGCUUAUAUCGCGGUGCGCAGAAGAGGCCAGUUGACUGAGAGUUGUAUCGAUACGCACGACCAAGGCCGCGAGAUGGAGAUAUUGGAAUCAGGUGCAUUGUUAGCAGAUUUCAGGGUUAGUAUGGGCUCUAGGCUGUGUGUUCCCGUUGUGGAUAAUCUUAGAAAGGAGAUUUUGGAAGAAGCUUAUUGUACAACUUACAGUGGUUGGCGAACGAAAAAAAGUUAUGCGGAUCUGAAGCAGAAGCACGUAGAGUUCAGUGUUGGGGAAUAUGUGUUCUUGAAGGUGUCUCCUAUGCAUAGGGUGAUGCGAUUUGGCAAGAAGGGCAAAUUGGCCCCUCAAUAA